CAAAUAGCUGUAUCAUUUGCACGCACCCUUAUAGGCAGACACAUGCUCUCCACUCACAUUCUUCAAAAGAAGCGAAGGCAAGAUGAAGAGCUCUUUGCCGUGGGUGGUUUUGGCCAUCUCCCUGGGGUUCGUCCUUGUGGCAGGUUAUGAAUGGAAUGAUGAUGGUGAGGAGCGUGUGCUGGUUAAUAACAAGUGUAAGUGCGUAACAGUGACCUCAAAGUUCGUCCCCUCCAAAGACAAUCCUGAGGAAGAAGUCCUGGAGAGAAACAUACGUAUCGUUGUCCCACUCAAGAGCCGACAGAAUAUCUCUGAUCCCACAUCCCCACUAAGAACCAAUUUUGUCUACCGCAUGACCGAACUCUGCAAAAGAUGUGAUCCCAUAGAAAUUGAGCUGGGAGGAGAGACAUACCAGGCCCAGCAGAGCAACUCCUGCAACGAGCCAGAAACCUGCUACACUUACGACAGGGACAAGUGCUACACCACAACCAUCCCGUUUGUCUACCAUGGGGAAACAAAGCAAAUUCAAGCAGCGCUGACGCCAACAUCCUGCUAUGCCGACUAGCUCAACCCAUUGCUAUCCUAACACCUCGUUUCACUCUGUUUUCCUACAACCAGACCGUGUUUAGCACUGUAGUACCUGGAUGACAGCGUACAAAAUAUCAGCUCCCAGAAUAAUGCAAGCUUGCUUCAUGUCAUUUUUCAAUAUCAAGAGUAUAUCAUCCCUAACUUGUUGGUUGUCAGAUUCUCUUCUCCCUGUCCUGAUACGAGCAGAUAUUGCAAUACCAUUAUGUCUUAGACUUUAUCAUCAGAUAGAUAAACCAGACCCCUCAAGCAGCUAUAAUUCACUAAAUCCUCUGAAAUCAACAGAAAAAGCUAGUUAACAAAGAAUGUUUUUUGACCAUCUUCCAUCAGUCUGAGUAAGACUGCCAUGGACAUCAGCAGAAAUGUCCAAAAUGUCCAUCUAUUUUGGUUGCUUCCUGAACAAUGUAAUGCAAACCUCUGUGCAACCAUUACACAAGACACUUCCAUUAAUUUAGAGUAGUUUAUGUCAUUAUUUAAAUCUAUUGUACAAUCAUCUUUGAGAGAAAAAUAAGGCAUGAGACUGAAUUCAGAUUUCAACCUUUUUUUUUUUCCUUUUGUAAUUGAGCAUUCUAUAUCCUUCCAGUGCUAUGGCUAUUGUAAGCUUACAGUCUUCACUUAGAUACAGAAAGUAGGUGCCAAGAUCCCAGCUCUUUUAGCAAUACUAAACCAUACAUACAUUUUUUUUCUCAUCUCCCACGCUUACUCACUGACAGUGAUGUGUUCUCAGUUCAAUUGAGGUUGAACACAAUCAAGCUGGCUUGAAUUUGUUGUUCCUUGUUUUGCAUUUAGAGCUGCAAAAAAAAAAUCCUAUGAAGCUGCCUCACUUGCAAGAGCAGGGGCCCUAGUUAGAGAUUCCUUCCCUUUUCUACAACUGUCUUUUUUUCUGUUCAUAUAAGAAACCUCCACCAAAUAAAGGAGCUGAUUCUGUAUUGUCCAUUGCAUUUAAUGCAUUACAUCUGAUAUUGCCCAUAGACAUAAUAUACGUGAGUGCGUAAGGUGUCUGUUGUUGUAUUUGGGAUGGUUAACAUGUUCCUCAGUGUUGGCAGAAGUUGAUUGCAAAGUCUUAGGCUGUUCUGAAAAGCCCUUCUGUGGCUGCACACAUUAUUGCAAUAACAAAACAACAAAAAAAUCAUCAUAGUUUUAGCUUUGUUAAUUCAACAUUAAAUAAACUUCUUUCUGCAGCAGUC